AGGAAGGGCAUCUUCGCAUGUGUUCCUUGUUGAAGCUGUGUGUGGAAGGGGGGGAAAUGUUAUUAUUUACAUACAGAUGACUUGUGAAACCUUUGAAAAUGAAAUGUACUGCUAACUUGGCAUUAUACGUAAUAUAUUAGCUGGCCAGCUACGCAAGUCAUGUGUCGGUGUGAGCCAAACAGCUAGCUGUCAACAAUUUGUCUUUCACAUAGCUAGCUAAACUACUUAACCGCUUUACUGAAGUUUUACCACUUAGAAAGAGCAGCGAGCUUCCAAGCUUUAGACCUGUUUGUCAGUCUGACAUAAACAUGUGGACAGAGUAAGUGAUCCGAGUAGCUAAUUCAGCGUAAUCAUGUCUUGCAAAAUCGGAAUUUUGUGUCAGCGAGUACUACUAAAUGCUGCCUGGCGACAGCAAUUUGGAAGGGUUCCGGUCAGAUGGAGAAAUUUUGGUGCAACCAGAAGUCCAGUGUCUCUCGCCAAACCAAGGAUCAUUCCAUGGAUGUGCAACCCUUGCAGAUUAUCUCACAGCCGUUGCGCAGAAGGUCUGAACAGUUUCUCGUUCAGGACUCACACAUGCGCAGAACUGCGCUCCAAACAUGUUGGACAGGAGGUCACUCUGUGUGGAUGGGUCCAGUACCUGAGACAUGAUUUGUUUGUUGUCCUGCGAGAUUUCAGUGGCCUGACACAAGUUCUUAUUCCACAAGAUGAGUCUUCAGUCCAUCUGAAGAAAGCCCUCAGUGAACUACCCUUGGAGUCUGUUGUCAAGGUAACAGGAAAGGUAGAACGUCGUCCACCAGGACAAGAGAACAAGGAGAUGCCCACGGGAGAAAUUGAGGUCCAUGUAAAGAGCCUGGAGGUUCUGAAUGUCUGCCAGAAACUUCCCUUUGAAAUCAAAGACUUUGUGAAAAAAUCGGAGUCCCUCCGUAUGCAGUACAGGUACUUGGACCUUCGCUCCUCUCAAAUGCAGUACAACCUGAGGCUGAGGUCUCAGCUGGUGAUGAAAAUGAGAGAUUAUCUGUGCAAUAUUCAUGGAUUUGUGGAUGUGGAAACGCCAACCUUAUUUAAAAGGACCCCAGGAGGCGCAAAGGAGUUUGUAGUGCCGUCUAGGGAACCGGGUCGAUUUUAUUCGCUGCCACAGAGUCCACAGCAGUUUAAACAAUUGCUCAUGGUGGCUGGAAUUGACAGGUACUUCCAGAUAGCUCGCUGCUAUAGAGAUGAGGGCUCCAAGCCCGACAGACAGCCUGAAUUCACACAGGUGGAUAUCGAGAUGUCUUUUGUGGACCAGGCUGGUAUCCAAAGCCUGAUUGAGGGCCUGAUCCAGCACUCCUGGCCCAAGGAGAAGGGACCAGUCAGCAUCCCCUUCCCCUCCAUGAGUUACAGUGAUGCCAUGAGGGACUACGGCGUGGACAAACCAGACACCCGCUUUGGUAUGAAGCUCAUGGACGUCAGUGAAGUAUUUCACGACACAGAAGUGGGGUUCCUGAGGGAAGCUCUCCACCAAGUGGAGGGAUGUAUUCAGGCAAUCUGUGUGUCAGACGGAGCAAAACAUUUGAAGAACAAGGAUUUGGAAUCCCUUAAACAAAGUACCAAGGUCCAGUUUAAUCAGGAAGUGAGUGUGGUGUUGCUGAAAGAAGAUGGCACGUGGAAAUCUCCCCUUAGCAAGCUCUUGCCUGAUACCGUCAAGCAGCAGCUGCUCCAGAGAGCACAGGCUAAACCAGGGGACCUGCUGCUAUUGGCUGCUGGGGCAAGAGAGAGUGUGUGCCCCCUAUUGGGGAACCUGAGGCUGCAGUGCGCAGAGCUUCUGGAAGGUCGGGGUGUCACCAUCCGAGACCCUUCUGCUUUUCACUUCCUGUGGGUGGUGGACUUCCCGCUGUUCUUGCCUAAAGAGGACGACCCAACACAGCUGGAGUCAGCCCACCACCCCUUCACCGCUCCCCACCCUGAAGAUGCACACCUCCUGGUCUCUCAGCCACAUAAGGUUCGCAGCCAGCAUUAUGACUUGGUCCUAAAUGGGUGUGAAAUUGGAGGAGGGUCAAUCCGUAUUCACAACUCCUCAAUGCAGCAGUAUGUCCUGGAGACGGUGCUGAAGGAGAAUGCAACUCUUCUGUCCCACCUGAUGGAGGCGCUAGACCUUGGGGCUCCUCCUCAUGGUGGGAUCGCAUUAGGGUUGGACCGGCUAGUGUCCAUCAUUGUGGGAGCCCCCAGCAUCAGGGAUGUGAUUGCUUUCCCGAAGUCCUUCCGGGGCCACGACCUCAUGAGUGGUGCUCCGGACUUCGUCUCUGAGGAUGAGCUGCGGCCGUACUACAUCAGCGUGGACUGGCCCACGGGGAAACCUCAGCGCAAGGGAGAAUAGCCAUGCCAGGGGCCCAAAAUCUGCUAUGGCCACCUUGGCUUUUAAUGUUUACUCAGCUGAGGUCUCUCUCCCAAUCGGCCUGCUUUAGAGACCA